AUGCUAUGGAGGUCUAAGCUACCGAAUAUUGCGCAAAUUCCAAUCGAGGAGGAGGGGAAGGUAGAAGAUGACACUAAAUCUGAAAACUCAGUAUUCCAAAGAGAAUCCUCAGAACUUCCAUCAACAAGUGGAACUUUCCAAAAAGCACAAGCAGGAACAACUCAGAACAUCCCACCCCUUCAAAGGUUAAGCUGUAGGUUCAGAGAUGCUUACAGGCUCACCAUUCCCUGUUCAUUAUGCAACCAAGAACUUCGUCCAUCUGAUUUUUUUGCCCAUAAGAGACAGCACAAAGCCAUGGCCGUGAUGGGCUACAAGAUGACAGCUGGAGAAAAACCAGAAAGACACAAGGUUAUAGUGCAGAGGCAUUUUCUAAUCUCUACGUUAAUUGAAGCCUAUUUGUACAAUGAAAAAACCAGACAAAAUAUUGACCAUGCUUGUGAGCUCCUUUGUAAGCAGCACAUACCUUCCUAUUACAAGAUUCUUAGCAAUUCUUUCAAUAGCUCUGUGCACCUUAGGAAAACAGAUAAUCCACUAGUUAAUGCUGUGGCCAUCUGUGAAGACCAGAACAAGUCAUGGAGACCAGUAAUGGAAGACAGGUACAUCUUCCGGGACAGAUAUGGGAAGAAAUCCAAUGUGUGUUUUUUUGGCUUGUUUGAUGGACACCAUGGCUCUGUGGCAGCUGAAACCACUGCUGUAGAACUCCAUAAGUUUUUUCUGGACCAACUUGCCCAAUAUGAUCUUUCCUAUAUACUGACCAAGAGAGAACAAAGAUUUGUCCAUUCUUUUGACACAGUGUUUAAGGAGGGUUACAAGAGACAAGAAUACUUGUUUUCUUCCCAAAAGAGAAACAUUUCACCUUCAAAAUAUGAUUAUGAGUGGAUCCAUAGGGCCUUUGCUAAAGCUUUCUGGAGGAUGGAUAGAGUUUUGAAACUUGGGAGGAAGGAAGUAUCCAAUUUCUACUGGAGCGGCUGUUCAGCAGUUGCCUGUUUACUGGAAUGCGAGGACCAUUUUGGUAGUAGUACCUCUUGGCAAACUGCCAGUUUCAGUGAGGAUUCAGAAAUGGAAAUGGAAGAAAAGAGGAGUUUUCGGCUUUCCAAACAAUUUGAAAGUAACUUUGGAGUAUUACAUAUUGCGAAUGUUGGUAACGUACAUGUAGUUUUAUGCAAAGGUGGGCAAGCCCAUCUUCUUACAAAAGAACAUACAACUCGAAGCCUAAGUGAAAGACAUCGUGUAUUAAGUGAAGGAGGAAAAAUCAGCAGCAAUGAACCAAGUGGAUUCACUGAAGGGAUUGUGCAAAUAACUCGUGGGCUUGGGUUUCAUGGAAAUCCAAAUCUGAGAAAGUCUGUUAUUCCAGCACCCCAAACAAUCUCUGUCCCUAUAGAUGAUACGUGUCAAUUCCUUAUUGUUGCUACUACCGGACUUUGGGAUGUUAUAGAUAAAAAUGAAGCAGCAGCAAUAGCAAUGUCAUUAUUUAGCAUAUAUGAGGAAAUAUAUAAUGUGACCAAGCAAGAAGUGUACAAGCCACUCCAACACAGAGUACCUUUUUUACCUAGUGUAUCAUCUUCAACUAUUAGUGUACAAGACAGUAAAAUCAAAUUAUUGUACCGUAAUACUUCAGCAUUUCUUGAGAAAAUGGCCCAGAAGAGCAUGAGUGAAAAUUCGCAAGAAAGUAGCAAAAAAUUAAGUUCUCCAACUUCAGAAAGUUCGAGUAAACAUAAGGAUUCAAAAACUAAGUUAAAUAGUAAAACAGAAAUUUCAAGUUCAAGACCUUUUUAUUUGUACGGUAUUGAGGAUAGUGAUGAAACAAACAGCAGCAUAUCUCAUGAAUCAUCAAAUUCAAGUAUAGCAGAAGAAGAAAUAAACAGGAAUUUCUUUGAUUAUGCAGCAGAAUAUGUAAGUCAUGGACUCGUCAAAGCUGCUCUUACAGCAGGUUCCAGGGAGAACAUUACUGUGCUGGUAAUACUUCUCAAUGGAUGUGGACAUCAGCUACACAGAAGUGGAAUCUGA